GGCUGGGAUUCAGUAUUGCCGGAGGAAUUGGGAACCAACACAUUCCGGGAGACAACAGCAUCUACAUCACCAAGAUCAUUGAGGGGGGUGCAGCCCAGAAGGACGGGAGGCUGCAGAUUGGAGACCGGCUCUUAGCAGUAAAUAACACCAACCUACAGGAUGUCCGACACGAGGAGGCUGUGGCUGCUCUGAAGAACACGUCUGAUAUGGUUUAUCUCAAAGUAGCUAAGCCUGGUCCAGUUCACCUCAACGAGAUCUACGCUCCCCCUGACUAUGCCAGCACUUUCACUGUUGAUAACCAUAUAAGCCAUAACUCCACUCUGGGUGGAUACCUGAGCAGUGUGGAGAGCAAAUCCCCCUACCAGCCCCCUCAAGUCACGCCAUCUAGAUUUUCUCCUGUUCCUCGACACAUGCUGGGAGAAGAGGACUUCACCAGGGAGCCGAGGAAGAUCAUUUUACACAAAGGAUCUACAGGACUGGGAUUUAACAUUGUCGGAGGGGAAGAUGGAGAAGGCAUCUUCGUGUCUUUCAUCCUGGCCGGAGGACCGGCAGACCUCAGUGGAGAACUACGCCGUGGAGACCGCAUUCUGUCCGUCAAUGGAGUAAACCUUCGCAGUGCAACACAUGAGCAAGCUGCAGCGGCACUGAAACGAGCUGGACAGACGGUGACAAUUGCAGCCCAGUAUCGACCUGAAGAGUACAGCCGGUUUGAGUCGAAAAUCCACGACUUGAGGGAACAGAUGAUGAACAGCAGUAUGAGCUCCGGGUCUGGCUCGUUGCGCACCAGUGAGAAGAGGUCACUUUAUGUCAGGGCGCUCUUCGACUACGAUCGCUCUCGGGACAGCUGCCUACCGAGCCAGGGUCUGAGCUUCUCCUAUGGGGACAUCCUGCAUGUCAUCAAUGCCUCUGAUGAUGAAUGGUGGCAGGCCAGACUGGUCACUCCGCACGGGGAGAGCGAGCAGAUUGGUGUCAUCCCCAGCAAAAAGAGAGUUGAGAAGAAAGAGCGAGCAAGACUUAAAACUGUCAAAUUCCACGGACGUUCCGGCAUGGAGUCCAACAGAUCCAUCAAAUCCAAGCGUAAAAAGAGUUUCCGACUGUCCCGCAAGUUUCCGUUUUACAAGAGCCUUGUCCAGGAGACCAACAACGCACAGGCUGUGACAUCCAACACGAGUGACAGCGAGAGCAGCUCCAAGGGACAGGAAGACACUAUUCUAUCCUAUGAGCCGGUGAUCCGACAAGAGAUCCAUUACGCGAGACCCGUCAUCAUUCUGGGCCCAUUGAAAGAUCGGGUCAACGACGACCUCAUCUCGGAGUUUCCCCACAAGUUCGGCUCUUGUGUUCCACACACUACCCGGCCCCGGCGGGAGUCGGAGAUGGACGGUCAGGACUACCACUUUGUCGCUUCUCGGGAGCAGAUGGAGAAGGACAUCCAGGACAACAAGUUCAUAGAAGCCGGCCAGUUUAAUGACAACCUGUACGGCACCAGCAUCCAGUCGGUGCGUGCGGUGGCUGAAAGGGGAAAGCACUGCAUCCUGGACGUGUCCGGCAACGCCAUCAAACGAUUGCAGCAAGCACAACUCUUCCCGAUUGCUAUUUUUAUUAAACCAAAAUCCGUAGAAGCUCUCAUGGAGAUGAACCGAAGGCAAACGUUUGAGCAAGCCCACAAGAUGUUCGAUAAAGCCACCAAACUGGAGCAGGAGUUCGGGGAAUAUUUCACAGGUGAGACCCUUCAGUCUAUGUAUUGUGGCCUUCACAGCACACCGCCCUUCUGUGAGGUCCGGCAGGAGAGUGAGGGGGAGGACGGAGGUCCGGCAGGAGAGUGA